ACAGAACAAACAUGGCGGCGUCCAUACACUGAACCUGUCCACACACACAUGCUCCUCUGAACCUCUGUUUAAUGUGAUAAAACUCGAAGAUGCGCUUUAUUUGAAGAACGAGAUUUCAGUGUGGAUAGGGUCAUGUCCCGUUUGGCGGUGGUCAGCGGGGGAUCACGAGGCAUCGGGAGGGCCGUGUCCCAACUCCUGGCUCAGAGGGACUGCAGGGUGGUGGUCCUGUCCAGGAAUGAGGACUCUGCUCGGGACACCGUGGCUUCUUUACAAGGAGAUGGGCAUGUUUCUUUUUGUUGUGAUGUCUCCAAGGAGCAAAACGUACAGACAACUUUUGAAAUGAUCCAGAAAAAAUGUGGAAAUAUUACUUAUCUUGUGAACGCAGCAGGUAUCAAUCUAGAUACCUUGUUACUGAGGACACACCCCGUGGACAUGGUGUCAGUGCUCCAUACAAACUUGCUGGGCUCCAUGUUGACCUGUAGGGCGGCGCUGAGGACCAUGUUGCACACCAAAAACGCAGCUAUUGUCAAUAUCGGUUCAGUGGUGGGCCUUAAAGGGAAUGCUGGCCAGACCCUGUAUAGCGCCAGUAAAGCAGGACUUGAGGGGUUCACUCGCUCUUUAGCCAAAGAAGUUGCCUCUCGCAAAAUCAGGGUUAACCUACUAGCCCCAGGUUUCAUCUGGACUGACAUGACUGCCUGGGUGACAGACGAGAGGGUGCGCUCUGUCCCUCUGGGCAGAUUUGGGGAGCCAGAGGAAGUGGCCCAUGCAGCACUUUUCCUCCUGGUGUCUCCUUACGUCACGGGACAGGUGCUGGUGGUAGAUGGAGGGCUACAGUUGGCAAUGUAAAGCACCUCGCCAGAUUUGAAAGCGAGGUCAUCCUGACCAAACAAACAAAACAUAUACUGCACCCCGGUCAUCUGCUGCUCCUGACUGGUUGCCCCAGUGGCCUUGGAGGAUGGGUCAAAUGCAGAUGCAGAGACAAAUUUCACAAUGAAGAGGACUAAUUUGUGCCAAAAUCAGCUCUAACCUACUCAAAGCUGAAAUUAAAAAGGGUGUAUCCCAACAUGGAAGAUGAAAUAUUUCACUGACUAACACUAACACUGACUCCAAAAUGUCUGUAGUAUUUUUGCCCGGACGUCCCAGAUUCGAUUGGCCCAUUUAACGCGUUCCUUUUCAGUGACAGUGGAGUAUUGGUUUCAUGUUUUGGUCCCAGAGGAGCACCCCUCACAGCGGGCCAACCCCACCUCUGGAGGGGCCCAGCGUGUCGGCCACAGCUGGCUGAGAUUAAAGGUAGUGCUGGAGGUACUGGGGGCAUAUUUUUAGAUUGGGGAAUGUUUUGAGAGUUUAGUUACGACUACAGGACUCCAAGUGUGGACUGAUGAGAUCACUGCGUCUGUUUCUGAUUUCAUUUUACAAAAUGUCAUAAAACUAAGGCACUGUAACUGCAAAUAAAAUGAAUGGCAAAUAUCAAAAUUGUAAAACUUAUUUUCAAUUCAAGCAUUUUUUAUUUUUAUUUUAUUGAUGUUUUGACUGAUAACAAGAUUAAAACAAUUUACAAAAAAGCUUCUGUUCCAUUGUCUUGGUGGUUUAAUAAUAUAUGCUAUUUAUCUUGGGAUAUUCUAGGGUUUCGCUGUUUUGAGUAAUAUUAUUUAUUGUCUUUUUAAUGGAAUGUCUUCUUUUCUAAAAGCUAGAGUUUUUUAAAGAUUAAUAGUUUACAUUUUUUGAAAAACUAAUGGUCAUACAUCUAUUCUAAAAUGUGCUUCCACUCUCUCAGAUGGAUGCAUUUUCUGUAUUGAUUACAUAUUGUAUCUUAAGUAAAUCCUUUCUAUUUUUCAUUAGAACUAUGAUCACCCUACACCACCUUAAAACCUGCAUUAUUUUGAAAUUGUGAGUGCAUUUUUGGGACUUUCAGUCUUGUCAGUGUAAAUAAACAUAACACACUGUCUCU